AUGGCUCAUUCGGAAUUAACACAAAAAGAUCGAGCAUUUGCGGCUUCAGCUGGAGUUUCUGCAACACCCGCUACGACACCACCUCAAACACCACGACAUGGUAGUACUGCUGAUAUCGAGUCAACUACUAAAUUUGAAUUGCCUCGAUCAGCAUACUAUAUAAUAUUCGUUGAAGGAUGUGAAAGAUUUUGCUUUUAUGGUCUUAAAACAGUUUUACUCCUGUAUUUUAUGCAUUUUCUUUCACUGAACAAAGAUACAUCUACAGCAGGUUAUCAUUUAUUUUCAUCAGCAUGUUAUCUUACACCAAUUAUUGGAGCUAUUAUAUCGGAUGGGUUUAUUGGCCGUUAUUCAACAAUAUUAUAUUUAUCAUUUGUUUAUUUACUUGGAACAGUCGUUUUAACAUUAACAGCAAUACCACAAAUUGGUGGAAGAAACUUGACUGGACCUAUUAUUGGCUUAUCAUUAAUUGCUCUAGGAACAGGUGGAAUAAAACCAUGUGUUAGUGCCUUUGGAGCUGAUCAAAUAUCAAUGGCAAAUCCUAAACAAUUAAGUCGAUUUUUUGCUUUUUUUUAUUUUGCAAUCAAUUUUGGUUCAUUAAUUUCAACUCUAUUAACACCUAUUCUCCGAAGCAAAGUUAGUUGUUUCGGUUAUGAUUGUUAUUCAUUAGCUUUUGGUAUUCCAGCAAUAUUAAUGUUAAUAUCUAUAAUCAUAUUCAUUAUUGGUACACCAUUAUAUAAACGUAUUCCACCGAAAGAAAAUAUAAUUGUUAAAUUUAUAGCAAUUAUUUUACGUGCCAUACGCAAUACAUUUUCUGGCUCAUCAUCAGGACGACGAGAACAUUGGCUUUAUCGUGCAGAUGAUAAAUAUAGUGCGGAUGAUAUCGAAGAUGUUCGCUCAGUUCUUCGCGUAUGUCUUUUAUUUACACCAAUUCCAGUUUUUUAUGCUUUAUUUGACCAAUCCGGUUCACGUUGGACCUAUCAGGCAACAUUAAUGAAUGGUAGUCUUGGUCCAUUUGGUACAAUUCAACCUGAUCAAAUGCAAGCAUUGAAUAGUUUAUUUGUACUUCUAUUUAUUCCACUUUUUGAAGAAGUUAUUUAUCCAGCAUUUGCUCGUUGUAAUUUAUUAAUCAGACCAUUACAACGAAUGUUUUGUGGAUUGAUUAUUAUGAUGUUUGCUUUUAUUGUUGCAGCAAUGCUUCAACAAGCAAUCGAUUUAAAGUCAAAUGCUAUGCCAGUUCGUCGACAUACAAAUAUAUAUAAUGGUUAUAAUUGUACAAUAACUAUGAAUACAACAUUAAAAAUUGAUCCUAGAGAAGUUGCACCUAUUUCAUGUACAAAAUUACUUCGGGAAGGAUUAGUAUUAACUUCAACAUGUAACGGCGCUUUUGUUCACUUUCAAUUAGCUACUGAUGAAAUUUGUCCAUCAAUUUUAAUUAUAUCUGAACUUAAUGACGAAUCACGUGGACAAAUGAUGGGAGUUACAUCAUUAUCAAAUUCAUUAUCAAAUCAACGUGGUGUUAAAGAAUUUGCUCUAUUACGCAUGGUUUCAUUGGAUGGUAAACAAACAAAAAUACAAACAAUACCAAAUAAAUAUCAAUAUGACAUAGAAAAAAAAUUGUUACCCACAGCUUAUCAAUCGGUUUUUCCGACAGAUUAUCGAAUUGAAGAUUUAGUUAGUGGAAAACAAUCUGUGAAAUUAUUUGAUGUGCAUACAACCGCUGUUUAUACAGCUCUUCUUCAUACUACAGAUGAUAAUAAGUUACAUACCGUUCUUUUUGAAGAUGUUCCACCAUUUACAGUACAUAUUUUAUGGCAAACAGUUCAAUAUGCUCUUAUGACUAGUGCAGAAAUGCUUGUUAGUAUUACAGGUCUUGUAUUUGCUUAUUCUCAAGCACCAAAACGUUAUAAAUCAGUAAUUAUGUCAGCAUGGUUAUUAACUUCAGCUAUUGGUGAUUUAAUUGUUGUUUUCGUCGCUGAAGCUCGUAUGAUUAAAGAUCAAGCACUCGAAUUUGUGUUUUUCGCAAUUUUAAUGGCAUUUGCAACAUUUAUUUUUGGUUUUCUUGCUAUUCAUUACAAAGAUCGUAAUCCACGAGCUGAUGAAGCUGAUGAAGAUCAACAAUUAAUUCUUGAUAAAAAUACUUCUGAACCUGAUCAACUCAUUCAAUAA